CGGGGCGGGUUGUGGAGGGGCGGGCCGGGGCGGGGAGCCGGGUGUGGGAAGCGUGGCGGCCCCGCCCCGUCUCCUGGACCAGCCGGGGCCACCAGCGCCGCCGCAGCCGCAGGGACCGGCGGACGCAGCACAGGCGUGCGUUGCGGGCCGGAAGUUCCCUCAGAAAAACCACACAUCUCCCCAACCCACCAUGGCAGACGAAAUUGAUUUCACUACCGGAGAUGCGGGGGCUUCCAGCACUUACCCUAUGCAGUGCUCAGCCCUGCGCAAAAACGGCUUCGUGGUGCUCAAAGGACGACCCUGCAAAAUCGUGGAGAUGUCAACUUCCAAGACUGGAAAGCAUGGUCAUGCCAAGGUACACCUUGUUGGAAUUGAUAUUUUCACUGGCAAAAAAUAUGAAGAUAUUUGCCCUUCUACUCACAACAUGGAUGUUCCAAAUAUUAAGAGAAAUGAUUAUCAACUCAUAUGCAUUCAGGAUGGGUACCUCUCCCUGCUGACAGAAACCGGUGAAGUCCGUGAGGACCUUAAGCUGCCAGAAGGUGAACUGGGCAAAGAAAUAGAAGGAAAAUACAAUGCAGGUGAAGACGUGCAGGUGUCUGUCAUGUGUGCUAUGAGUGAAGAAUAUGCUGUAGCCAUAAAGCCCUGCAAAUAGGACCAUCAGCACAAGCAAGUCCAUUAGAUCUGGAUCUAGUUGUCCCAAAGCUAUGGCCUUCAUAAGCAACCUCAUGUUUUAUUUUUGUUAUGUUUUUCUUUUAAAAUCGUGCUGGCUUAGUUUUGCAGGCAGUUAGUAACUUAAAAGAACAUAUCAAGAUGUAUAAUUUUAUAAGUAUCUUUCCUAUAACUUUCCUGUGGUUUUCACUGUGUGACCAUAAGAAACAGAUACAACAGCUUUAGUAGAUGUCACUUGUCUGAGCAAAUCACUCCUGAACUUAAGUGGUUAACCAGGGUUUUAAAUCAACAAUGUAGCAUCUAGUGGAAUGGAAGUAUCAUGCAUUUUAAUUGAAUUGCUCUGUGCUGCUUUCAGACUUAAAAUCUAGAAUUCAUAGAUUAUAAAAUGGAAUCGUCAAAGCUCCAUGCUCUUUGUGGCCAACACAUGUCCUGAAACUAAACUCCUGUUAUCAGAAAGUGUAUUUCUUGGUGACCAGGUGUAUUUCCUUCAUCGUGUUUUUCUUUGCCUAACCGGUGGCAGAGCUAUGUGGUUUUGGUACCUGUUGUGAUUCACAGAGGGAACUGAAUAAGUCUGAACAAGUCAAACAAGUAGCAAAGAAGACACAAGGGCAGUGGCAAAGCAGGAGUUAAAACUGUAGGUUGUAUUUAAGACCUUUGUAUCAGCAUGCAAAGUAGAGGGAGCUCUGGUUGUAUUUUUGCUUUGGGCUAUGUCCCUGGCCUCUGCUCCAACACAGGAGGAGUGACCUUUGCAGGGACUCUGCACUGCUCCCAGCCAUAACACCCAUGUGGUCAUGUUGGUAAUCUAGCCCUUCCAGCAAUUUUUUAAGUAAUUUUUUUAUAUUAGUCUUUUAUUGGGAAUUUUUAAGUUGCUUUGGAAUUCUUGGCUUUAAAUUGAUUUGUUAAAUGUAUGUACACUUUUCUGACAUAGAAUAGAAGUAAACCAUGGAAGAAAUAUUACUUUAUUUUCAGUGUGUAUGUACUUUUUUAUUCUCUUGUGACUUACUGUUACUGAUGUGAAAUAUAACUAGGAAGGGAUUCUGUGAGCUGGAUUAUUUUACUGUGUUGUGGGUGAUGCUCCUCCAUUUAUGUUUAGACUUUUGGAUUGCAUGUAGAUUGUAUCCAAAAUCAUAGAAAUAGUUGUGGGUUUGUGAGGAACUGACAAAAUCGUAAGUCACCAGACUGGAGUGCAGCUUAGAACAAAAUCCCUCUCAGUAACACCUUGAUUCUCUCAGGUCUCUUCUGUCAUGCCUGGACCCUCAAGUUCCUUUGUUCCCAUCUUGAAGAAAUGUAUGACAAUGCAGCCAGUCUAAUCAGCAACUUGAAAUAGAUUAUAAAUGCAAGGUCCCAAGAUUUUAAUUGCUUAAUUUAUACCCAGUUUUAAAUCUUGUCUUGUCCUCCACAAACCAAUCCAGAAAAGAAGCAAGACACUGUAAGAGAAGUGCCAGGAAGAGACUUCUGAAGCACAAGAAUACUCAAGUUGUAGCCAGCUGACUUUAGUGUGACCUUUUAGCUUUUGCCUGUGCGAAGCACAAUUAGGAAUUAGGCUGAAUUCUUCCCAGGUGUCUGUCUGCUCCAUGCUGCUUUAGAUUUCUGCUGUGUGGGUGCAUAUCUUGGUGGUACUGAUUGCCAUGUUACCGAUGGGAAUUCCCGAAAGUUAUUUCUCUCUGCUGUUUUCUGGUCAUUAUCUGGCCAUUUAGUAGCCACAACUGUAUUUUGAUAUCAUAUUUCUUCAAGAGUAGCAUGCUCUUAUUCUUCCUAACUUACCAAACUUCAUAUGAAUCUGUUUUUCAUUGUAGUGUAAGCGUGUAGACAAGAGCAAUGCACCUUUGUUCCAUACCUUGAAUGGCAAAAGCUACUUAUGCCUAAAUAUUUCAUUUUAAAUACUAUAUAAGUGUACAUACUCCAACAUGUAAUUAGAUUUUAAAGAUACAGGACUCUUUAUUUUCACAUAAGUCAGUAGAUGUUUCUCUUAAAGCAACAUAUUUCAUUUAGUAAAGCUUUAUAAAUGAUAUUAAAGGGAAGCAGGGAACAUAUUUUUAACAUAAAUCAGAAAUCAUUUCUUCUUGACAUUGCAGAACUGUUAACAGUCGACUCCUUGUAUCUGUUGUACUUUUAGUAGCAGGUCCGGAUGUAACCACGGAUUUGUGUCUGUACACGUUUCUUGCCCUCUUUGCCACUUAAACAGUAUUACAGGCUGAAUUUUUUGUUCUAGCAUAACAGGCUUAAUUUCUACUGUGAAGAUAUUGCUACAUUGGUCCAGUUGUGUGCCCUCCGACCUAGGUCAGACCCUUGCAGCGCUGACUUGGCCUCUGCAUUCUUGAUGCCCCUGGGAGGCUGUCAUUCACUUGAAGUGGUAAACCAACCAAGCUCCUGACUGUUCCCCUUCCUAGUACAGAUUUCUGUACCAGUUCUUUUGGUUAGUGACCAGAACUCUCGCAGUUGGUGUGAUAUCUUUAGGAGAAUAUGCUGCAAUACGAUGUUUAGGAAAUUUGGGGACACAUGCUUUUCAUUACCACACAGUAUGAAUGUGUAUAUAAAUACACAUAGCUUUGUUUUUUUUCUCAAAGUCCUUCAAAGUCAGUACUUAAAAGUACAGUACUUAAAAGUACUGUAGUCUGGUAGUGCCUCAAAUGUUGGUUUGUUUGUUUGGUUUGGUUUUUUUGUUUUUGUUUUGGUUUGCUUUGUUUUUUUUAAUUUUUAAGUUUUGCAGAACUUGUUUUUGUACUUUUAAGGCUUCUCAAUUAGAUUGUUUGUAGUUGAGCUGGAAUUCAAAUGCACUGUUCUCAGGGCUGUUUGUGCUAGGAGCUGAAGUGUCAUUAUUUUAAAGCUAGCUUCAUACAAAUGUAUGGCAAGUUUUUCCCAAGUCAUAAUACUGUAAUACACACAAAUAAAAAUUCUUAGUAUAACAUAUUUAAGCUAUAUGGUACAUAUUUUUUAAAAAUGGGAACAUUAGUAGCAGCUAUACUAGAAUCUUGCUGUAUUUUUUUACUUUAGAGUAAAAUCCCAGAGGUCUUACCUUGGAACCCUGUCCUUGGUGAUGUAUCUGACAGCAUGCUUUUGGCACGGACCCCAAAGAGAGUUUUGGAGCCAGACAUUAAUACAGCAGUUCUCAGACACAUUCAAGAACAGACAGAAAAUUCCUAACUCUUUUGGUUGUCUUAAAAUGUUUACAUACUGAAUUCACACUUGCUAUGAGAAAAUAUGGAUCUAUUAAGGCAUAUUUCCAUAAACUGUAUAUUAUGCUGAUAAGAACAAUAUCACAUCUUCUAAUAUUUAAGUAUGAUAUUUCAUAGUUCUCAAGCCUUUCUUCUGUUAACAUUCCAAUGAGUAAUAGGCAACAAAGUUUUUUUUUAAUCUAUGGUAGACAAAUCUUAGAAUUGAAUCUAUUAACUUAAAUCUAUGAAAUGUGUUCUCUGAAUUGGACAAACAACAUUAUUAUUUGAUUGUAGAGGGAACACUGGGACUUAGCUUGAGCACAGAUGUUCUAUGGAAACAGGGUUUGAAGUCGCUAUGUAAUUUCAUUCUUCUAUUAACUAAACACCCAAACACCAAUGUAACUACCAAGUGAGGUCAAGAACCUGAAGAGAGCUGUAAACAUCUGACAAAUACAUUUCCUUCAUGAAGACGGUACAUCUUAGGCAGUGCACACAAGGCCAUUACCUGCUAAAAAUAUACUUAUUGCCAAAGUUUUCCAUCAUGGCUGUUCACAUCUUUAAACAGGUCUGAACCUACUUUACAGUAACAGGGGAGAUUCUUUAAUGUAUAUGAAGUUCUUGGAAACCAUUUUUUGAUGUUGGUGGAAUUUGGUUCAUCUUAGUUUGAAAUUGUACUUUUAAAAACACUGGAUACUAACCUAUUCAGCAAGGAUUGAAGAGCCUAUUAAAGAUUAUAGCUGUGCUUUCUUAAGCUGAUUCUUUUUCAUGGUUAAUCUACUACAGUAUGCACUCAUUGUUAUUACAAAGUAUACUUAAAAUUAGUAGGUCUAAACCACAAUUUAAAAAUAUAACUAGUUCUAUAUUAUCAUGUACUUUUACCCUCCUCCCCCCAAAGAAAACAGAUCAAAUGACAUUGUCUAAUCCAUUGGCACUUUGUUAGUAUAUUUUUUUGUGUCUUAAUAUAGGAUACUUCUUGAAUUUACUUGCAAAUGUUUUGGUUAAAACUUUAAAAUUGUAAGAUCUGAAUAUUGUAAUUGUGUGUUUUACAUUUUAAAAAUGAGUAAACUUUGGAUGUUAAAUCUCUGGCUAUACUAAAAUACCCUUUAAAAUAUCCUUAUCAAUGAUAACAUUUUGUUACCUUAAAAUAUGUCUGUUAACUUCAUGUUAUAUUAAAUGAAAAUAAACAUAACAGUGCACAAUU